AUGCAGCCAUUGACCAUCGCCGUAGCGGUGGUUGCGGUGAUCGGUUUUGCACUUCUCUCACUCCUCAACGCUCUUCGCGCAGCCCACCCAUGGAAGAACAAGACCACCGAGCCGCCCGGGCCUACACUCAUUCCUUGGAUUGGUAGAAUCCACGAUCUGCCCAUUAACUUCAUGUGGUUGAAGUUCAAAGAAUGGGCUGAUAUCUACGGACCAUUCUAUCGCACCCAGAUGUUGGGCGCAAACUUCAUCAUCGUUUCCGACGAAAAGGUCGCCGAAGACCUCCUUGUUCGAAGAGCGAAGAUCUACUCCGAUCGACCUGAGAUGAAGUCCCUCUUCGAUUCCAAAAGCUCCACUGGUACUAUGGAGUAUCUGCCCUUGAUGGGUAAGAACAUCUACUGGGCUCGCCAGCGGAAGUUCACGCACGCCUACCUGACUGAAGCUUCCAAUGCCCAUUACUAUGGCACCAUGUACCAUGAAACCAAGAGAUGGAUGUGGCGUCUUCUCAACAACCCAGACGACUUCGCUUUUUCGCUCGAGGACAUGGCGUCGAAAGUGAUGUGUCAUUUGACCUGGGAUGAUGACACCCUCAGUGAAUACAUGACACCAAGUGCUUGGGGCUUGCUUACGCAAAUGUCGCCUGCUGGCCCGAUCACAAAUGUUAUAACUCCUCUUUGGGACUACCUCCCUGAACCCAUCAACCCUUGGAAGCUCGCCGAGCGUAAAAGACACGACGAGCAGCAGAAAUGGUGGAUGGAUCGGCUACUCACCGUACGAUCUCAAAUGACCAGGGAUGAAGCUCGGCCCUCUUUCAUGAAGACCUACCUAGAAGGCGAACGCACUGGCGGUCUUUCGGGCGACUACGAAGCAUCGUCUGCGAUCGGCAUGAUGGCACUGGUAGGGGUUUUCACAGUGGCUGGUCCACUGUACUACUUCCUCCUCUCCAUGCUUUACCAUCCCGAAUGGCAAAAGAAAUGCCAGGCUGAGGUCGACGAGGUCUGCGGCAGCCGCAUGCCAGAGCUUCGCGACAUGCCAAAUCUACCCAUUCUUCGUGCCUGUAUCAAGGAAACGAUGCGCUGGAAACCGAAUGUUCCAACUGGAGUCGCGCACGAAGUCGAAGCCGACGACUUUUACGAGGGCUACUUCAUCCCCAAGGGCUCUCGUAUCCUUCCCUUGGACUAUGCUUUCUUGCGCAAUCCGGUGAAAUACCCAGACCCAGAGACUUUCCGACCCGAACGCUGGCUCGAACCAAACUGGCCCACCUACCAAACCCCCCUAACCCAAUACCCAACCCUCAUCGGCAUGACGUCCUUCGGCUGGGGCCAACGUACCUGUCUGGGCCAAACCGUCACCCGCGACGAAACGCUCGUCGCCUGCGGCGGCCUCCUCUGGGCUUUCAACCUCGUCCGCAAACUCGACUCCAACGGCCGACCGAUCGAUCCACCUCUGAACAAAUCCAAUUCGCUCUUGAUUAUCAAGCCGGAUCCGUUUGAGAUGGCUUUUGAGCCGAGGAGUGAGGAGCGGAAGAGGGAUGUUGCGAGGAAUUGGGAGGAGACGGAUGCGAGGGAUCGGGAGGAGAAGAGGGCUUUCGCUGUGGCGGCCGAGAAGAAGAGGGAGGUUUUGGCUUGA